AUGUCAAAAACUUGUAAUGUAUGUUUAGUUGCAUUGUUAGUAUUUCUUUUGUUCCCUAAUUUCUACUUAACAGCAGCUUUGCAUGGUGGUGGACAAGGUGGUGGUGGUUUGUUUCCUGUGCCGGCGGGAAAGCAUGGGACGGUGGUGAAGAAGGAACAACGGUGGAGUGUGGUAACGGCGGAAGACGGUGAGAUUUCGUCAGUGAAAGUGAGUGAUGGUAAAAAUGGAUUUUAUCAUUUGCAGUUUAUAACAAUGGAACCAAACUCUCUUUUCCUUCCUGUUCAUCUUCAUUCGGAUAUGGUGUUUUAUGUGGAUUCAGGGAAUGGAACUUUGAGUUGGGUUGAUCUCGAGAAAGACGAGGAUAAACUCAAACAAGUAGACUUGAAGGCCGGAGAUGUUUACAGGCUGCGAACCGGAUCUUUCUUCUACUUGCAGAGCAACUUAGAAUCCGAUCGAAGAAAGCUUCGUAUUAAUGCCAUUUUCUCUGAUUCCAAGGAACAGAUACUUGAAGGAUCGUCAUUCGGAGCAUAUUCAAGUGUUAGCGAUCUGUUGUUAGGGUUCGAUGACAAAGUUCUUCAAGCAGCACUUAAUGUCGAUGAGGGAGUCAUACAAGAGUUAAAAAGUGGAGGAAAGCAACCGAUGAUUGUACACGGAGUGUCAAAGGCCGAGAACGUGUAUGAGGUUCAUUAUAAAAUGAUCAUGAGAGCCUUCCUUGGUAGUAGUAUGCCGAAUGAUUUAAUCGAUGUCAGUAAAAACAAACAUAAAAAUAAAAAUAAAGACAAGCCGUACAACAUCCAGGAAGCAAAGCAUGAUGUAGAUAAUUGCAACGGGUGGAGUCUGGUCGUAACGAGCAAGCAACUGAAAGCACUGAAGGAUUCUGAUUUCGGUGUUUUCUACGUCAAUUUAACUAUUGGGUCGAUGAUGGGGCCGCACUGGAACCCGUUAACUGCUGAAAUCGCUGUAGUGUUGAGGGGACGUGGUAUGGUUCGUGUGGUGUGUCCCAGUUCUUUAGACGAGACCGAGUGUAAGAACUCCAGGUUUAGAGUUGAAGAAGGCGAUGUGUUUGUGGUGCCGAGAUAUCAUCCAAUGGCUCAGAUUUCGUUCAACAACGAGUCGUUUGUUUUUAUGGGGUUCACGACAACACAAAAGAACAACCAUCCGCAGUAUUUAGUUGGUACAGCAUCGGUUUUCCAAGCAUUGGAUAAAAGGGUGUUGGCGACUUCUUUGGGAGUAAGCAACACGACAAUGGAUGAGAUAUUAACGGCUCAAAGAGAAGCUAUUAUUCUGGAAUGCACCUCGUGUGCGGAGGAAGAGGAGAUGUUAAUGGAAGAAGAGAUGGAGAGGCAAGAAGAAGAGAGAAGAAGAGAGGAAGAGGAGGCCGCUAAAGAGUGGGAGGAACAAGAGGCCAAGAGACGGCAGGAGGAAGAGGCUAGGCGGCAACGGGAAGAAGAGGAGGCAGCGGCUAAACAACGAGAAGAGGAAGCCGCUAAGCAGCGGGAACAAGAGGCGGAAGCUGCUAGACAGCGACAACAAGAAGAGGCCGCUGCUAGGCAGCGGGAACAGGAAGAGGCGGCGGAGGCUUCUGCCAAACAACGAGAAGAGGAAGCUGCUAGGCAGCGAGAACAAGAAGCAGCCGCUAGAAAACGAGAAGAGGAAGCAGCUAGAGAGCGGCAACAGGAAGAGGCAGAGGCAGCAGCAGCCGAGGACGCUGCUAGACAGAGGCAGCAAGAACAGGAAGAAGCUGCUAGACAACAGAAAGACGAGGCGGCUAGGCAGCGGGAACAAGAGGCGGCCGCCGCCGCUAGGCAACAACGAGAAGCAGAGGCUGCAAGACAACAAGAGGAGGAUAGGAGGAGGCGCCAACAUGAAAAGGAGGCAGGACGUGGUGGUGGGGAAGGAGAGGCUGCUAGUAUGGAAGAGGGUGAGAUGGCACGGCGCCAGAGAGAAGACGAGGAGGCUGCUAGAAGAAGAGAAGCAGGAGGGCGAGGUGGUGGAACCUCUGAAGUGUAA